UCUCUAGAUUCCCGACAGUCUCGUCUUAUCGGCAAAAUCUCCGUUUCUUGUCAUUGUUUGAUCUUGCUUAACUGCUUAAAGCAGUAGUAAUAAGGAAGUAACUUGAAGAAAUCAUGAGCGUAAUCGAAAUUCUCACCAGAGUAGACGCGAUCUGCAAGAAGUACGACAAAUACGAUCUCGAAAAGCAAAAGGAUUCCAACAUCUCCGGCGACGAUGCCUUUGCUCGUGUCUACGCUUCAAUCGAGUCCGAAAUCGAAGACUCUCUUCAGAAAGCUGAAACUGCUUCAAAUGGGAAAACUAGGGCUUCUACUGUUGCCAUCAAUGCUGAGAUUCGUCGAACUAAGGCUCGAUUGCUGGAAGAAGUUCCGAAAUUGCAGAGAUUGGCUAUGAAGAAGGUAAAGGGACUUUCUUCAGAAGAAUUUGCUGCUCGUAGUGAUUUGGUUCUUGCUUUGCCAGAGAGAAUUCAAGCUAUACCUGAUGGAAACCCAAUUCCUGCUUCAUCAAAACAAGGUGGAGGAGCUUGGACAGGUUCAGCAUCACGCACUGAAAUUAAGUUUGAUUCAGCUGGAAGGUUUGAUGAUGAAUAUUUUCAGCAAACUGAAGAGAAUAGUCAGUUUAGGAAUGAAUAUGAAAUGAGGAAAAUUAGACAAGAUCAAGGUUUGGAGGUUAUAUCUGAAGGUUUAGAUACAUUGAAGAAUAUGGCUCAUGAUAUGAAUGAGGAAUUGGACAGACAAGUUCCUUUGAUGGAUGAGAUAGACACAAAGGUUGACAAAGCAAGUUCAGAUCUUAAGAAUACCAAUGUCAGGCUCAAGGACACAGUUACUCAGUUGAGGUCAAGUAGAAAUUUCUGCCUUGAUAUUGUCUUGUUAUGCAUAAUCCUAGGAAUUGCAGCUUACUUGUACAAUGUCCUGAAGAAAUAAAACCAUAAGAUUAUGCUGAUGCUGAUGAUGAUGAUGAUGCUUUCUUUGCUUGUCUUUGAUAUAUUUGUUACUUCAAACAUGGUACACAUUUCUUUCUGUUGGUUGUCAUCUGCUACUAACUUACCACAUUUCAUUUAAUUACUACAUUUUACAUUUCAUCUGGGUUAUAGAUCUUCUAUAAGGGUUUGUCAUCUAAGCACUUUAUGUGAUAAAUUUUGUACCUUUGAUCAUAAGGGUUUUGGAAGGCUUUAUUUAUGCCAUUCAAUAAUCCCUUUUCAUUUGAACAUAUUUCUAGCCCAAGAAAGCACUUUUCUAGAUCUUUGAUAAUGAACAAUCCAUAUAGUUAUCUUGUUGUUUCUCAUUGAGAUCAUUUCCAGGUAUAAUAACAUUAUCUAAUACA